AUGGAGAAUGAUGUCAAAUACAUACAUGACGAUAUCAGUCGUACUGACAUGGAUGCAGCUUCCAUAAACUACAAUAGAUGCUUCAUUGAUGGUUUCUGUAUCUUCUACCUGGUGGUCAACAUUGUCACCUUCCUGAUUGGGGUUCUUGGGAACGGCCUGGUCAUCUGGAUCACUGGUCUCAAGAUGAAGAAGACGGUCAACACCACCUGGUACCUCAGCCUGGCCGUGUCCGACUUCAUAAUCUGUGUCGCAUUUCCACCUUUCUACAUCAUCAUCAUAAUUGUUUCAGAGGAGUGCAUCUUGGGGCUUUUCAUGUGUAACUUCACCUUUGCUCUGAUGUUCAUCAACAUGUUCAGUAGCAUCAUCCUCCUGGUUGUCAUCAGUGUUGAUCGCUGUGUGUCGGUGGUGUUUCAAGUCUGGUCCAACCGUACCAUCAACAAGGCCUUUGUUGUGGUGAUCCUGACCUGGGUUUCAUCUGUUGCCCUCAGCACCUGUUUUAUUUUGGCGGGUGAAAAAUGUGUGUUCAUUGUUGGCUUUGCAUUUCCCUUCCUCAUCAUCUUCUUCUGUUACUCUGUUAUCAUCCUGCGACUGAGAACCAGACGAAUGAUGAGUGUGUCCUCCAAGUCCCUCAGAGUAAUGACUGUCCUGAUCGCCAUGUUCCUCAUCUGCUGGCUGCCCUUCCAUGUCUUCAUGCUGUUAGACCAGAACCACAAAAACUACAAUCUGGAGGUCAUGAGAACUGGAAUUAUUGUGGGAAUAACAUUAUCCACAGUCCAUAGUUUCCUCAGACCAGUGUUGUAUGUUUGCAUGGGGAAUAACGUCCCACCGACACUCAAGAGGUCCAUAGUUGGUAGGAUUGAGAAUUAUAUUUUUGCAGUCUAG